GCAGAAGCUUACUCUCUCCUGCACGGUACUUGCACAGCCAAGGAAGAUGCCUCCAAGAGCAGCCCCAAAAGCCUACCAAAUUUUGGCCAAAACACACCAAGUCACGAUAUUCCUAACAGUCCCCCAAACCGCAACAAUUGCAUUUCUUAAGGAUGAGGCACUAUCUGCGCUCACAUCUCGCGUCGCAACCGAGGAUGACAGCUUCCCUCAUGUUCAAAGCACAAGCGACUUUGAGCUGGCACGUGCAGUAAAAGAGAAGGAGAAGAAUAGGUCAGGGGUGACUUAUGAGGCCCUCGAGUCAAACAAGGCUGUCAGAGGCCUCCUAACAAACUGGGAGGUACUAUAUUUUCAAUUUAGAGAUGAAGAAGGUAAUUUGAUGCCAGUCGAAGUCUCGCAGCCUUCUCUCCUCGAUGACGAAGAGGAAGAGCCUCCAGUGAAUAAAGGCAAACGCAAGGCGUUGUCUGAAUAGUCAUCUUACGCCGCAUGACGUUCUGGAUAUUAUAUUGCAAGGAUAUACUACGAAGAGCAUAGGGAGGCAAGAGUCAGAUCAUAUUACUGCAGCCAGUAUCAUGACCGCCAUGGGCGCGGGGUGUAUGGGAGCAAUGCAGCAGCUACCCGCCGGCCCUCUUCCGCGAGCAAGUUAUACGUCGAGCACGCAUUUCUCUGGAAGUACGAGGAAUCAUUGAGAUUAGCACUACAUUCGCAGUGUAUAGGUAGUAGACACCUCACUGUAUCCAUAAUGUCAAGUUGUAUUCCCAUUUCUUU